CCAAAAUAGGACAACAUUGUUGAAAGAAAAUCUGUGAUAAUUAUGUAUUACCGCAACUGUGUAAUCAAUCGGACGCAAUUUCCCUAAAAUUUUGCAAGUAUUCUGAUCUCGAGGAACACCAACACCCCAUCAUCAGUACAUGGCAUUGAUGGUAUACUUAUAUAUAUUAUAUGCUCUCAGCGCAAAACAUGGUGUGUGAACGAGACAGAUAAAAUAUAUAAGCAAAAGAGAUAAAAAGAAGAAGACAGAAGCCAUCUCCGGAGGAAGAAGAAAUAAGUAAGUAUAACAGCAGCAGCCAAGAAAGAUCAAGAGACACCAGCGAGAGAUAUAUAAUAUGUAUAUAUAUGUAUAUAUUAAGUAUUGUGCGGGUGUGUGUCGUUAUAGUGGGACCAAGUAGCCAUAAGUACUAAGUAGAUUAGUGGACGUGUGUUUUCAUGCAGUGUGCGUGAUACUCUUCUGGCUUCUGGCGGCUGCUGCGGGCCAGCAGCUAAUAGCCCAGCAGAGGUAAUAGAAGAGUAUAUGAUGGCGACGUGGGGAAACGAAAAAUUCGAGGAGGUACACGGCUCCAAGGAAGCUGCAGGGGAGGAGCUAGCCCUGGGCCAGCCACAACACGACCUCCAGGACUGCUUUGACGACAGUCUCGACCUGCCGAGCUUUGUACGCGUCCUCGGCCACGAGCAGCAUGAGUUUCUUCUGCAGCAGCACUCUGACUCCGUCAACGAUUCCGCUGGUGGAGCGCCAGAAUUUGAGGACUACGAGCUACUCCACGAUGAAAACACUGGGUACAUUCAUCAUACUGUCAGUUCAAAUGAAAUUUAUAUGCGAAUACAUCCUGGCAACCAUGAUUCAAUGCCUGAAGAUCCUUCUCAUGCCGUCAUAACAAUUGAAAGCACAGAUCCAGACACUAAUCAGAAGCAAAUCAGUAGAUACACUUGUGAAUAUGAUGGUUGUUCCCGAACCUAUAGCACAGUUGGAAAUUUAAGAACGCAUAUGAAGACGCAUAAAGGCGAAUAUCGGUUUAAAUGCUCAGAACCCAGCUGUGGCAAAGCCUUUUUAACAUCAUAUAGUUUAAAAAUCCACAUUAGAGUACACACGAAAGUUAAACCAUUCGAGUGCAAUCACAAUGGAUGCGAGAAGGCAUUUAACACCCUUUACAGACUAAGAGCCCAUCAAAGACUACACAGCGGCAACACAUUCAACUGUGAAGAGACAGGAUGCGUCAAAUUCUUCACAACACUUAGCGAUCUCAAGAAACAUGUUCGUACUCAUACUCAAGAACGUCCAUACAAGUGUCGUGAAAAAGGCUGCGAGAAAGCCUUUACUGCUUCUCAUCACUUAAAAACGCACAGGCGCACACACACCGGUGAACGUCCGUAUAUUUGCACUGAACACGAUUGCCAGAGAUCUUUUACCACCCCGCACAGCUUAAAAAGUCAUCUUAAGACUCACAAAAAGCUCUCAUCCUCCGAUGAAUUAAACAAUAAUGAUGAUUUAGAGAUCGCCGGUUUCAUCGAAGACAUGCAACAUAUCGAAAAUACUGAAAUCACUUCUCAAGUCGAUAUCGACAAUCAAGAACAAUCAUACAGCAAAGUUCCUAUUGUAGUACUUUAUUCCUCGAUCGAAACUUACGAUCAGACAGCAAAUAUUCAGACAAUUGAAAAUUUGACUGACACCCAAUCACAAAACAUCGGUAACAAUAAUAGUGACGAUACAAUUAUUAAUAUUUUGCAACAACAGGAAGUACGAGACAGUCCUAACUUGUAUGACGAUUCCAAUAAAAAAUUGGAUGUGAACGACAACGAUAAUUCAAUAACUAGUUUCAAUAGUACCGGCGACUUUGAUCACUUAAAAUUGUUUGACGAAAUACAAAGUCAGGGCAUCGAAUCAAGUGUGGUGCACGGAAGUACCAACAGCAACAACACAAUUUUGCAAACGUCGGAUAUCGUUUUAGAUAACCACUUAAGCCAAGAUACUUCAAAACUACCUCAGGUGCAUAUUGGAGAUAAUACAGUUGUUGAUCAGUCACUAGAAAUGAUCAAAGUCGACAGUUACUUAGAUAAGCCAAUGAUGGAUUUAAUGAAUAGCACUUUGGGAAACUGCGACAACAGCAAUGCUCUGUUUGAUUCUCUAUCUAGUCCGAUGCUAAGUGCCUUAAAUAUGCCAGACAACAGCCACAUAAUGACCAGGGAACUUGAUCAAUUAACGUUUGAAAGUAACAAUCCGACUUUUGAAAAUCAAGCGGCCAUGCAGAGCAUUUCGAGUUCAAUAACACCGAUGGCGGUCAACGACGUUAGUAGCAACGAGUCAAGAGCCCUCGAGCUCGCCUUAGCAUCUGAAGAAGAAAGACAGUCGCCGUGGAUUGACAUAAAUUCGCUAACGAGUGAGCUUUCGGAUAAGAUAAUCGCCUCCACGGCGAUACCGACGGUACGGACAGAGACGACGUGGUCGACGGGAUCCGUCGCACUUCCCACGGCUGUACAAUCUCUAGUAAAUCUCCUGGGUCCCGAGCCCUAUCCCCUCGAAAUUGAAACACAGCUGGAAAAAGCUCCGGUACUUGAGACGGUAAGUCUUGUGGAUCCGAAAAAUUUGACCAAUGGGAGUGCUGGGAUCGUUAUGAACUACUCCGAGUAUCAGAGCAACAAUGACUGCGUCAAAGUAGACGCUACCAAUAAAGCUGAUAUGUCGAGAAACGUCCUGCGAGAGAUCACGGCCAAUGCCGGCAUAUGCAAGUGCUCUGUUUGUGAAUGUAAAAGCGAAAGUGACAACUGUACGAAUUGCUCGCAAGCGAGUCAAGAAAUUGCAACUAAAAAGCAACAACCGCAAAUACAAGAGCAACAGCGGCAGUUUGGUAAUAUUGAAGACAAGCAGAUAAAUAUAUCGGAUAUUAUAUCUUCUUUGAAGAACAAAUGCUGCUGUAAUAAUCAAAACAGUUGUGGCACUUGCUGCGUCGUCAUUUGUAUAAAAUCACUGCAAGAGUUGCAAGAAGUAUUUAAUAAUUGUUGUAAAAGUUCGAGCAGCACUGGUUGUUGUAAAAGCGAUUCUAUGAACAAUCAUCAAGGAAUAACUGUACCUGUAUCUUUGUUAAAAAGUCAGUUGGCGGGUAACCAAUGAAGAACUAGUCCAAAGAAAAUCAAGAUGUUAAUGUUAUUUAGAUACAUAUGUAUGUACGAAGAAAAGAAAUAUUAGUGAGAAAUAGAAGGCUACUUUUUUUGUUACGCAACUUACAGUCUUUUAAGUAUUUUUUUUUUCUUUUUUGCAUAAAACAUUUGCCUUUACUUACUAAGCUGCAGGCAUGAAAUUGUUCAUAGUAUUUGAAAUAAAUUUUUAUACAGCAUCGAAACCGUAUACAUAUAUGCAAGGCUAAAUACGUUAACUAGAUACUUAUAAUUAUUUUUCAUGUAUUUGUUUCAAAUGAAAAAAUAUUGUUUUGUUAUUAAUAGUAGUACAUACAACAUAAAUGUACAAAUCAUUUGCCAAAUAUGUUCAAUUGAAAAAAUAUUGACUGCAAAAGCUAUUGCUACAUUUUAUAACUGGUGAUGACGUGCCAAAGGUUUAUUAAAGAAUUUACUUCUCAUACACAAGAUGCGCACGAUAUUUGUUAUAAUUAUGUGCAUCACCAUGCCUUAUAUACAUUUUUUUGUAAUUUAAUAAGUUUAUAAUAUUUGUACAGAAGUCUAAUAGAUACUUAUGUGAUUAAAUAAUGAAAAUAACAAUACUUUUUGCCAACGACUUUAACAAUCAGAGUGAUUUUAAUGGCUGUUUUAAAUAAAAUAUAAAAAAACCUUAAAAAAAAAUUUCGCAUUUGAAAAAAAGCGUUUGAAAGAGU